AUGCUUCAUCCUCGGGGCGGCGGAGCCCCCGCCACGGCCGGGACGCAAAGCCCUCUGCCCUGGAGCACGGAGCUGCGCCCGCCACGGCGCCCACAACCCACCGGGCACGGGAGCGGCCUGUGCGCCCGGGGCAUCGGCGGCACCGCAGAACCACCAACCUGGCUGUCCCGGAGCGAACCGAACCGCCGCCGGACCGGGGCGUCCUGCACAGAAGGUGGCAGCGGAGCAGCAAGCGGUUAUGGAGACGGCGGCGGAGCAGCGGAGAGGGGCUUUUCCGAGAGGAGCAGCGGCUACAGGGCGUCCCAGGGCUCGGGGCUCCGCGUCCCUCGGCCUCCCGGAGCUCGGCUGAAAUAUCUUUCUGAUUUCAGGUUCUUCUGUGUGGCCGACCAAGUGAAGGUUUAUACCAAUGAGAACAAAACCAGGACCUUUAUUGGCUUGGAGGUCUCCGCAGGGCAUUUCCAGCUGCUGGAGCUGGUCUCCGAGGUGGACAGGGUUAUGGAGGAGUUUGAUCUGCCCACGUUCUACAAGGACCCAUCAUUCCAUAUCAGCUUGGCCUGGUGUGUUGGAGACCUGACUAGCAGGCUGGAAGGGCAGUGCUUGCGGGAGCUCCAGGACAUUGUGGACAAGUUUGAGGACUCGGCACACCUGCUGCGCAUUCAAUGGGAGCAAAUCCGUUGCAAGUCAGGGAACAAGUACUUCUCCUUCCCCUUGAGGUAGGACCCAGCGGGCUGUGCACUUCAGAGCCCUGAAGACCCUGCUCUUC